GUGAGUGUUGGGAAAACCUGUCUGUGGGAUCUUGUGUCAUCUCUCCCUACAUGUGUACAGGAAAAGUCCGCGCUGCUUACGGUUUCUCUCUCUCUCUCUCUCUCUCUCUCUCUCUCUCUGUUCCCCUUUCAUUCUGCUUCCCCGGAGCCGAAUGAAGCAGGCAGCAGGAUUAGAGUCCGCCAGCUAUCAGAAGAGUCUAGAUAAAAGGAACUGCUUCUUAAGCACCACUGCUGCAGCCCUUGUUGAUUUUUUUUUUCUUUCCACACAACAGUUGUGCCUCAUUUUCCGGUGCCUGGGCUGACUUUUUUUUUUUUUUUUUUUUGGAGGGUUUGAAGUUUCUGGGCUUCAGUGACUGUUACAGAAGAAGAGGUGUUAGUGUUGCCUGGAGGUCUUGAUUGUCUGCAUUUAUGAAUGAAACUGACCUAAAUCACCUGUUACCUCCAGUUUCCAGAUUGUUUGAACUUCUGUGGCCACACAACACAGGACCCGAGACUGAAGCAGCAUAGGACCCACAGUGUCUGCAGCAUGGGCUGGUUCGCUAGGAUUGUCUGUCUUUUCUGGGGAGUAUUACUUACAGCAAGAGCAAACUACCCAAAUGGGAAGAACAAUGUGCCAAGGCUGAAAUUAUCCUACAAAGAAAUGUUGGAAUCCAACAAUGUGAUCACUUUCAAUGGCUUGGCCAACAGCUCCAGUUAUCAUACCUUCCUUUUGGAUGAGGAACGGAGUAGGCUGUAUGUUGGAGCAAAGGAUCACAUGUUUUCAUUCAACCUGGUUAAUAUCAAGGAUUUUCAAAAGAUUGUGUGGCCAGUGUCUUACACCAGAAGGGAUGAAUGCAAGUGGGCUGGAAAAGAUAUCCUGAAAGAAUGUGCUAAUUUCAUCAAGGUGCUUAAGGCUUAUAAUCAAACUCACUUGUACGCCUGUGGAACGGGGGCUUUUCAUCCAGUUUGCACCUACGUUGAAAUAGGACAUCAUCCUGAGGACAACAUUUUUAAGCUGGAAGACUCACAUUUUGAAAAUGGCCGUGGGAAGAGCCCAUAUGACCCUAAACUGCUGACGGCAUCUCUUUUAAUAGAUGGAGAAUUAUACUCUGGAACGGCAGCUGAUUUUAUGGGGCGAGACUUUGCUAUCUUCCGAACUCUUGGGCACCACCACCCAAUCAGGACAGAGCAGCACGAUUCCAGGUGGCUCAAUGAUACCACUGGCAGAUGUCUCCCUAAAUACAGCUCUGAUGGCUAUCACAGUACUUUCCCGUUCAAAAAUCAUUUAUAUCUCUGA